UCAACUCUUCUCAAGCAUCUAAAACUUCUUUAUAAACAGGAUUCUCUCUUUCUGUUGUUAAAAAUAGGAACCACAAACAAUAUGGGUAUGUGUGUAUCAACUGUAUCUCAUGAGAUUCAUGCUGUAGAUUUUGGCAAUGAAAAUGUGGUUCACUAUGAAGACAACAACAUUAAUGGGUACCACCAAGUGAUUGGUUCUGUUUUUUCUCAACAAGGAAACAAAGGACUUAAUCAAGAUUCUGCUAUUCUCUUUCAGGGGUAUGGUGUAGAAAAUGGAGUUUUUUGUGGAGUUUUUGAUGGACAUGGAAAGAAUGGACAAAUAGUGAGCAAGUUAGUUAUGAAUAAGUUGUCAUCUUUGCUUCUGAAACACAUACUCUCUUUGCCAAAGAUUACUACUUGUCCAAAAGUACAAAAUGUCAAAUUUGUUGAUGAAGAAUCAAUGAAGAGCAAGAAUUUUAACAAAUGGAAAGAGGCUUAUUUGAGUUCCUUUAAGGCGAUGGAUAAAGACAUUAAAAGUCUUGACAAACUGGAUUGUUCUUCUAGUGGAACUACUGCUGUGGUUGCUAUAAGACAGGAUGAUGAUCUGAUUAUUGCUAAUCUUGGCGAUUCUCGAGCUGUAUUGGGAAGAAAGACAGAUGAGGGAAUAAUUGAGGCUAUUCAGUUAACUACUGAUUUGAAGCCUAGCCUACAUUCUGAAGCAGAAAGAAUAAUCAAGUGUGGUGGCAGAGUUCUUGCAUUGAAAGAAGAGCCACAUAUACAGAGAGUGUGGUUACCCUAUGAAGAUGUUCCUGGACUAGCCAUGUCUAGAGCUUUUGGAGAUUUUAUGCUCAAAAGCUAUGGCAUAAUCUCCAAGCCUGAUGUCUCCUAUCACCAUAUUUCUCCAAAUGAUCAGUUUCUUGUUUUGGCAAGUGAUGGGGUGUGGGAUGUUCUGAGCAACGAUCAAGUUGUCGCCUUAGUGCGUGCAACAAAUAAUGCAGCAAAAGCCUCAGAGGCAGUGGCACGGGCUUCUUUGGAUGCAUGGAAACACAAGUUUCCAAACAGCAAGAGAGAUGACACCACUGUCAUCUGUCUCUUCUUCUAAUUAACAUGUUUCCUACUUGCACUAAGGCUAUAAUUAAGCAAAUAUUACUUGCUUUUCUUAUUAUACUUACUUCAGAAUGCAAAAGCCGCAAUAUAUAUGUUAGAAUUUUGAUAUA